AAAAAAAUUAUUUUUCCAUAAAUCAUUCUCUGAUUUAAAGCCAGUAAUAAUAAUGAUCAGUGAAAAAAAUAAUAAUGAUGAUGAAGAAAUAAUCUCUGAAUCGAAUUCAUUGUUAAAUAUUGUUGACAUACCGCAUCCGAAUAAUUUAUCAAAAAAAUCAAUACCGGAUCAUGAAAUUAUUCCAUUGGAUUGUAAUAAUACCUAUCAUCAUACUAAAACCAAUAAUAUGCAUGAUAAUACUAUGAACAAAUGUAAACAAUUUUUAAAUGUGAAUUCCAGUUUCGGUCUGUCAUCAUUAUCUAAAUUAGAUAAAAUGACUCGACCAUCUUUGAAAAAAUUACAUAAAUUGCAUUCUACUACUACUACUACUAGUACAUCACCAAAUGAAUCAGAAAAAAAAUCUACACCGACAAAUGAAAAUGCAUCACGUCGUUGGAAAAAAGUUCAAUGUACAAUGAAAGUGGUGCUUGGUUCAAUGGAUCAAGCUAAAUUGAAACGUAAAUCACAUAAUCAUGAUUUAUCACGUAGAGAUUCAUUUAUGUAUCGUUUUUCAACACAACGUCGUGGAACAUACUACAAUGAUGAUGAUUAUUUGUCUGAUACAAAUUAUGAUUAUUUAUUUUUGGAUAAAUAUCCUUUACAGAAAUUCGAUAAUUACGAUUGUAUCCCAGAAAUCGAUAAUAAUAAUAGUAAUAAUAAUAACGAUAAUAAUUUUGAUAACAAUGUCAACAACAAUGACGAGAAACUGUCAAAUGCUAAAGAUGAUUUGACUGAAAAAAUCAAUAUUGACGAUAUUACUAAUAAUGAUCAUCAUAAUCAAACAGAAGAUUUGACUACAACACCUAUGAUUUCAGAAAAAGAUACACAUUUAAACAAAAACCAAUCUCAUCCAUCUACAAUAAAAGAUGACAUGUUCUAUUUGGACACAUCAAUUUUAACAAAUAACAACAACAGCCACAAUAAUCCUAUUAAUGACAAUUUUCUCAAGCAUAAAUCAAGUAUUGAAACAAUUAAAAGUGAUAAAUUCAAUAAAGAUGAAUAUGAGAAAAAUUUGACACUGUUAAAAAAUUAUCGAAAAUCCCAUUUAUGCAUUGUUUUCUAUCCAAAUAGUACAGGUUAUAUAAUAUGGUUAACAUUUGUCUCGUUAGCGUUGUUAUAUAAUUUAUGGACACCGAUUGCACGUCAAGCAUUUGAUGAAUUACAAUUUAAAUAUCAAACUAUUUGGUUAUCAUUUGAUAUAUUGGCUGAUAUUAUGUAUUUAAUUGAUAUAUUUGUACAAUGUAAUACAAGUUAUUUAAAAUGUGGUUUAAAAGUACAAGAACAUGAUAAAUUGAUUAUACGUUAUUUAAAAUCAUAUAAAUUCUUAUUAGAUAUUUUAUCAUUAUUUCCAUUGGACUUGUUACAAUUCAAAGUUGGUAUACAACCAAUGUUAAGAUUUCCAAGAUUUCUGAAAUGUUAUCGAUGUCAAGAAUGGAAAGUACGUGUAGAGAAUAGAACAAUUUUUCCAAAUAUAUGGAGAGUAUUUAAUUUGAUACAUAUAUUAUUUUUAGGAUGUCAUUGGUUUGCUGCAUUCUAUUAUUUAAUAUCAAAAUAUGAAGGUUUUAAAAAUCCAUGGGGUUAUCAACCGUACACUGAUGCAGAACAAGUAACAAUGUCAAGAAGAUAUUUAAAAUCAUUUUAUUGGGCUACUUUAACAUUGACCACGAUUGGUGAUUUAAGUUCACCAUCGAGUAGUAUAGACGUUCGUGGACAGAAUGGUUCAGUUUCCAAUUUAUGGUUAACAUUUACAAUCGUAUCUUACCUUAUUGGUGUAUUCAUUUUUGCAACAAUUGUCGGUCAAGUUGGAAAUAUAAUCACCACAAGAAAUGCCCAUCGUACUGAAUUCGAAAAAAUCUUAGAUAAUGCUAAAAGUUAUAUGCGUGAAAAUUCAGUGAAUAAAGAUUUACAAAAUCGAAUCCUUCGCUGGUAUGAUUAUGCAUGGUCAAAAGGAAGUGGACGAGGUGGUCAAGAUAUUAAUUCAUUGGGAAUGUUACCAGAUAAAUUAAAAACUGAACUUGCACUGAAUGUAAAUUUGGAAACAUUGAAAAAGGUGACAAUAUUUCAUGAAUGUAGACCGGAAUUUUUACAUGAUAUUGUAUUGAAAAUGCGUCCAUUAGUUUUAACACCUGGUGAUUUAAUAUGUCGUAAAGGUGAAAUAGCACGUGAAAUGUUUAUUAUUGCCGAUGGAGUACUUGAAGUAUUAAGUGAAGAAAAUGAAGUGCUUUCUACAAUGGGUCCAGGUGAUUUUUUCGGUGAAAUUGGGGUAUUAAAUUUAGAUGGAAUAAAUAGACGAACUGCUGAUGUACGUGCUGUUGGAUAUGCGGAAUUAUUUGUUCUAGCACGUGAUGAUAUAUUGAAGGCAUUGAAAGAUCAUCCAGAAGCUGAGUUUGUUAUAAGAAAACAUGCAGCUAAACGUUUAUAUGAAUCACGUCAUCGACGAUCAGGUAUUUUACAAGGCAAAAAAUCACCAUCAUGUAGUUCGAAUGUUUCAAGUAAAUUCUCUCCAAUACUACAAACACAUCCAUAUUUAUUUCCUGUAGGAAAUACAAUUGGAUGUUCAGUUAGUAGAGAAUUAUCACGAUUUUCUACUAGUCCAAGUUGUUUAGAUAAAAUUUCAUCACAUCGUCGACUGACAAGUUAUAAUGCUCAAUCAAAUGAAAGAUUAUUGAACAAUACCGAUAAACAAUACCUAACAACAUUAAUGGAUAGUGUGGAACAGUUUACAGAAAGAUGGGAUAAUAUUUUGAUGUCACUAGUUGAUAGUCAUCGUAAAGAAUUAUUACUUUUAAAAGAAAAUUUAAUUCAACAAUGUGCAACAAAUCAAAAUUCUCUAUGAUUUGUACAGAAAUAAAAAAUAAAAAUAAAAAAUAAAAUAAAGAAUAAAACAUUUUCAUUGAUGAUAAUUAUUGUCUUCCAUAUAGUAAUUUUAUUUUUUCAUUUAAUGAUUCAUAUUGAAAUUUGAAAAUUUGGAAAAAGUAUACAAAAAAAAUGAAUUCGAAUUUGAACUGUAAUCUUCUUAUACUUUCUGUUAUAUAAUUUUAUCACAAUACAUACACUUAUUCAAUUCUAUUUUCUUUAUUUAAUUUGUAAAAAAGAUGUGUAUAAUAAAA